GCUGAAUUAAGCGACGUAACUAGGGGUGUUUUUGUCAUUGAGAGUAAAGGAAGAGCUCAGCAUACAUAAUUGUCAGGUACGUGCACAUUGAGGCCACGUCAAGUGUCGAAGGCUCGCUGGCAGCUCACGGGACAGAUCCAUCCAUGUGCCGUGGGUUGAAUAUUCGAGAAGAUUGGCAGAUGCACCACCUUGGCUCCCCACAGUGUCACCUCUCCCAGCCACAUGUAAACAUGCACACGUACCACCCCAACCCCACGACCGCCCCCACCCCUCCCCAGCCCCACGCACCUGGAGAGCCCCACCCUCACCUGGGUGCUCGCAAAUAAAAGUGCGCGCAUCGCUGCGAUCCUCACAUCAGCGGCUCCAGAUUCGACCUUCCAGUUGCUCACGGAUCACCAACGACUUCAGCCAUGGACUGGGAAACAGAGACGCACGCUAAUUUCGACGCAAUUGACGUGGACGAUGACGGCUUCAUUUCGUUUAACGAAUACCGGGACUUCUUGGAAAUGAACGGUGUGGAUCAAGACUGCAGCAGUGUGGACACAAACAAAGAUGGCAAGAUCUCUUUCGAAGAGUUCUCUGAUUUCUACAAGAAGGACUCUGACAAGCAGAAGGAGAAGCUGAAGCUGAAAAAGUGAACUCCAAGGACAUGCCUGCGGGGUGAAAGGGUUGCUCUUAGUUUGUUAGGCUUCCACUCCAAGCUUCUUAAUCAUCAUGACCAGUGUUAACCCUGCUACUAAGCAUUAGGCAUAUAAUGAUGUAUUAAUUCAAUAAAAUAAUUCGUACUCUCUCAUUCGUGCCUACAAUCGGCCGUGCAAGAAUCUGUCAUUUAAAUGGUAUUGCAUAUUAUAUGCAAACAUUACCGUUAUUCUGAGCAAAUUUAAUGGCACAAAUGAGAUUAAAUACAUUACAAAUAAGACGUUAAAAAGGAAAAUAAUCUUGAAUAUAAUAGAGAGAAUUGUAACAUUUCACUGAAUCAGAGGAUAAUCUUUACAUGCCUAAUUAAAAAAACUACUGCUACUAUUUAUAGCUAUUACUACUGUAUUUGACACUACUGCUAAUCGCACUACCACUAAGCCUCCAUUGAAAUGUACUUUUAGUACAAAGCAUUUCAGUAAUAUUUCAGAUGUACUGUGCUGUGCGACGUACUGGCACCAUGAUCGAAAAUAGCGGAAUGAAACCAACUCCAACGAGGCAUAGUGCAUCCAUUCACUAUGGAAUAAACACCUCAAUGCAGUACACGUACUCACAAAUACCAGUCACAGAUCACUCUUGAACAACACUACUGUCAGAAUGCUGGACGUGGCUUGGUAACCUGAAAGGCAGCGGUGGACAGAAUGCAAACACGGUUCUUUCUACAAAUUCAGCCCAGCGUUCUGAUGGAUUGUUUUUUUUCAUUUGCAUUGAAAUAAACCCAGCUUUGCUUACAUAAAA